UAUGACCUGCUCACAGGUCUAGAAACCGAGAUGCCAGAUGAGGCCGACCAGUAAAGAAACAUCAAGUGCUGUUGAUCUUGCUAAAGCAGUCUAGAAAUUAGAUGCCUCUGUGGUUUGUCUCUUGCCGGAAACUAGUCUCAUUUGAUCCCUCCCAUCAGAGGUUCACAACAGCCAAGCCUGAGUGAAAUUUACACAGCUCUUCGCAUCAACAUGAACAAAUUAUUAACGUUUCUUCUUAAAUAACUUCAGAUUGCUUUGGUGAUCAUGAGUGAAGAGGAAGAGGUGCCCUUGAUGAAGAGCGAAAGGGCUGGCAGUCAGAAGUCCAGCUGUGACUCUGCCCUGCAGGUGCACCUGUACUACAGCCCCAGUUUAAAUUCGGAGACCACCUUCACUAUCCCCACCGGACACAUCACAGUGGAGAGCGUGUGUGCGCUUGCUGCUAAAGCCAGCGGAAUUCUUCCUGUGUUCCACAACCUGUUUGCUUUGGCAUCAGAAGACCUUUCAUACUGGUAUCCACCAACUCACGUUUUUAAGAGUGAGGAGAAUGUCAAAGUUCACUACAGAGUGAGGUUUUUCUUCUCAAGCUGGUUCGGUCAAGGGUCCAAAGCAUCGUACCGCUUUAGACUCAGCAGAGGACGAAUCUGUGCUGCGCUGGACUACUGUGUCAUCGACUAUCUUUUUGCUCAGGCCCGCAGUGAUUUUGUGUCUGGACGUGGUGGGAUUUCUCCUGCUUUGAGUUUGCAGCAGGAAUGUUUGGGAAUGGCAGUGCUAGAUCUGUGGCGUAUGGCCAAAGAGAGAAACCAGAGCCUUGGUGAGAUCUGCAGUACAACAAGCUACAAGUCCUGCCUCCCAGAGACCCACAGACAAGAUAUACAGCGCAUGAGUCGCCUGGCCCGGUAUCAGAUCCGAAAAACGCUGAAGCGUUUCUUAAAGAAGCUGGGCAGAUGCUCGGCGGGUGAACGCAGCCUGAAGCUCAAGUACCUGAUGGAGCUGAGUGUGCUGGAGCCGAAUUAUGGCUCAGAAAGCUUCACUUUGCGUCACUCUGGAUGGUUAGAGCAGAGCGAGCAGCAGAGGGUCAAAGCCGUGCAAGUGUCUGGAGAGGGAGGGAUUCAGAUACAGACCAGAGAGAGCCAGGAAUGGCAGACGUUUUGUGAUUUCCCCCAGAUCACAGACAUUAGUAUUAAGCGUCUUUCUCAAGAGCAGAUGCCCCUGGAAGGAAGGGUGGUCACUCUCACACGCCAGGACGACCAGUGCAUGGAGGCUGAGUUUCACACCCUAACUGAGGCUCAUUCGUUUGUCUCUCUGGUUGAUGGAUAUUUUAGAUUGACUACAGAUUCGACUCACUAUUUCUGCACAGAAGUGGCCCCGCCAAGCUUGCUGGAGGACUUACAGAAUUACUGCCACGGCCCGAUUACGUCAGAAUUUGCGGUGCACAAGCUAAAGAAAGCUGGAGCCAAAAAUGGGAUGUUCCUGUUACGUCACAGUCCCAAGGACUUUGACAAGUACUUCCUCACUGUUUGCAUACAGACUCAUCUAGGGGUGGAUUACAAAGACUGUCUGAUAGAGAAAAACGAGAAGUUUAGCCUGGCUGGGAUCCACAACUCAUUCUGUAGUCUAAAACAGCUCACAGAUUUCUAUCAGCACAGUACACUUCUCAUGUCAGACAUCCCCGUCACACUGAGCAAGUGCUGCCCACCCAGACCAAAAGAACUUACCAACAUGAUCAUCCUUCGUAACAGCAGUAUGACUGAGAUGCCCACUUCCCCCAUGUUACAGAGACACAAACCAAGCCACAUGCAGUUCCACAUGAUUAAACACGAGGACCUUUCCUGGAAGGAAAGCUUAGGUCAAGGUUCCUUCACGCAUAUAUUUAGAAGCAUUAAGACAGACCAGCGAGACGGAGUGACACACACCACAGAGGUUCUUCUGAAGGUCCUGGAUGCAAACCAUAAAAAUUGCUGGGAGUCUUUUUUUGAGGCGGCCAGUUUGAUGAGUCAAAUUUCCCACAAGCACCUUCUCCUGGUAUACGGCAUCAGUGUGCACAAAUCCAAAAACAUCAUGGUGCAGGAGUUUGUGAAGCACGGCGCACUGGACCUGUACCUGAAGAAGAGCACUUCUGUGUCAGUCAGCUGGAAAUUAGACGUGGCCAAACAACUGGCCUGUGCUCUCAACUUCCUGGAGGAGAAGAAUAUUGCACAUGGGAAUAUUUGUGCAAAGAAUCUGCUGUUGGCCAGAGACGGAGACCCUUCCUCUGAUAACUCGCCCUUCAUUAAACUGAGUGACCCUGGCAUCAGCAUGGCCUUUCUGGGCAAAGAUGUGGUGUUAGACAGAAUCCCAUGGGUGGCCCCAGAGGUACUGGACACACUUGAGAUUGAACUGGAGUGUGACAAGUGGAGUUUUGGGACAACUUUGUGGGAGAUUUUCAAUAAUGGAGAAGCUCCGUUGCAGGGCCUGGACCUCAUACAAAAGCAGCAGUUUUAUGAGCAUUUCUCAAACCUGCCUGCGCUGGAGUGGGCUGAGCUGGCCGACCUGAUCGCUCAGUGCAUGCAGUACCAGCCUGAGCUUAGACCGUCCUGCCGGAGCAUCAUCCGCCAACUUAACAGCCUCAUCACUUCAGAUUAUGAGAUUCUUCAUGCGACUGGCACACUUCCCAAGAGUGAUGGCUUCUGGAGAAGACCAAACAUGUUCAAAAAGCAACAACAGGACAUUUUUGAAGAGAGAUAUCUGCGAUUCAUCUCUAUCCUGGGAAAGGGUAACUUCGGCAGUGUUGAGCUUUGUCGUUAUGAUCCGUGGGGUGAUAACACUGGAGAUCUGGUUGCUGUCAAGGAGCUUCAGCCAAACAAACAGGCCACCGUGGCAGACUUCCAGAGAGAAAUCCAGACCAUCAGCUCCCUGCACUGUGACUAUAUUGUCAAAUACAAGGGCAUCUGCUACAGCACAGGCCGACUCAGCACAAAACUGGUGAUGGAAUAUCUUCCAUACGGCAGUCUGAUCGGAUAUAUGGAGAAGCACCGACAGAACGUGUGCACCAGAAGACUGUUGCUCUUUGCCUCGCAGAUCUGUAAGGGUAUGGAGUACUUGCAAAGCAUGCGUUAUGUUCACCGUGAUCUAGCUGCUCGUAAUAUCCUAGUCGCCAGCGACACUCUGGUGAAGAUUGCUGAUUUUGGGCUUACGAAGAUCAUCCCAGUGGAUAAAGAAUACUACCGUGUCACGCAGCCAGGAGAAAGCCCUGUUUUCUGGUAUGCACCUGAAUCCAUUUCAGAACUGAAAUUCUCCUACAAGUCAGAUGUAUGGAGUUUCGGCGUUGUUCUACACGAGCUCUUCUCUUACUGCGACAUCAGUCGAAACCCCAAAAGAUUGUGUAUCCAGAAGAUAGGAAGUUAUGUCCAGAGUCCGUCCAUGGCUGUACAUCUUCUUAAUCUUUUCAUGGACAACUGGAGGUUACCGGCUCCAUCUCAGUGUCCACCAAAGGUGCACAGUAUUAUGAUGCUGUGUUGGGAGUUCAACAGCGAGGACAGACCAAGCUUCUCCUCUCUACAGGACCUGAUUGAGAAUAGUCUGUUAGAUGAGAGAGAGGGCUGUAAGGGGUAAAAUUGGAGUUACCCUAAACAGAUCACUGUAUUUUCAACAUAUAUUUAUAUUUGAUAUAUAUUUGAAUGUUUUAGGACAUAUUCUUACAGAAGUCUGUUUGACUCACAAAGAUAUAGUCAAAAUUAGUGCAUCAC